GUCAGAAAUUGUAACAAGAAACAACCAUUUAUACAGGAAAAGAGAAAUGGUUAAAUUGAGAGAAAUUCAAAGGACAGCUACGUUUGCAUGGAGCCCGUGUGAGGAAGGAACAUGGCUAGCAACGGGAACCAUACCAGGCGUUAUUGAUGCAGGAUUUUCGGAUAGAAUGGACUUAGAGCUUUGGAAGAUUGAUUUGAUGGAUUGGUCGUCAGAAUCAUUUGAGUUGACGAAGGCAAACUAUGUGACAUCUAGUGGUACGAGAUUUAAUGAUAUUGCGUGGGGAUCGGUAUUAGGAAGUAAGAAGAACGGUAUUAUUGCGGGAGCAAUGGAAAAUGGGGCGUUAAAUCUAUGGGAUGUGGAUUUAAUACGUAGUGGAGCAAGUUGUAAUGAGUCAUUAAUUGCACAAAACACGACACAUAAUGGUGUUAUUAAAAGUUUAGAUUUUAACACUACACAAACGAAUUUGUUAGCAUCAGCAGGGGAAAAUGGAGAAAUAUGGGUAUGGGAUAUGGAGAGUCCGACGAAGCCGUAUUCAUCAGGACAAAAAUCGAAUCAAUUAGGGGAGAUUCAAUCGAUAGUAUUUAAUAAAGAUCAAAAAGUUCCGUAUAUUUUGGCGACGGCGGGAAAUACGGGUGUUACGUCAGUUUGGGAUCUUCGGGCGAAAAAGGCAAUUGUAAAUCUUCAAUUUCCUGGAGUAGGUGGAGGAAAAAAAGGAAUGAGUUCAGUAAUGUGGCAUCCAGAUUUUGCAACAAAGAUUAUAACAGCAUCAGAGGAGGAUGCAUUGCCGGUUAUAUUAAUGUGGGAUUUAAGAAACUCACAUGCACCGGAAAAGGUUUUAUCAGGUCAUGAGGCAGGUGUAUUAUCUAUAUCAUGGUGUAAACAAGAUCCAGGAUUAUUUUUAUCAUGUGGAAAAGAUAAUAGAACAUUAUGUUGGGAUCCAUUUUCAGCAGAAUUAAUUGGCGAAUUCCCUCGAUCUAACAACUGGGUAUUUAGAACUUCAUGGUCUUUAAAGAAUCCAGACGUGAUUGCAAAUGCUUCUUAUGAUGGAAAGAUAAUUAUUCAAACAAUUCAGACUACUCAAACGCUUAAAGCAGAAAAUCGUAUGGACCUUUCAUUAAAUAUUUCAAAUGCGGAUUUCUUUGAUAAUAUUCCAUCAUGUUUAAGAUCGCACGAACCACCUUUAUUAUUGAAAAAGCCGCCUAAAUGGCUUAGAAAAAAUUGUGGAGUAAUUUUUGGAUUUGGAGGUAAAUUAAUAGUAUUUGGAAAUAAUAAAACAUCCGGAUCGAAUAGCGUUAAAAUCAUAAAUACUAUAGAAGAAUUAAACAUUGUUAAGGAAUUAAAUAUUAUUGAUGAUGCAAAUAACUUUGAAGAAGUUUUAAAAAAAAAAGAUAUUAAGACAUAUUGUAAGAAAAAAAUUGAAGGAAUAAAUGAUCCUUUGGAAAGAAGAAUAUGGGAAAUCCUUUUUAUUCUUUUACAUGAAGACUCUAGAGAUAGAUUUGUAGAUUUCCUUGGAUUUAAAAAAGAUAACAUUGAAAGUGAAGUAUUGGAUAAAGUUAGAGAAAUUUCUAUAAGCAAAAAGGCUAAAGAGAUUACGGAUACUUACGAAACUGUAAAAUCUACAGAAGAAAACCUGGAAAAUUUGUUUAAAAAACAUGAGACGGAUGCAAAUUUUUCCCAUUUAAAAACAUCUAGCUCCGAAAAGAAUAUAUUCUCUCAUCUACCACCCUUAAAUGAACCAUUUUCAAUAUUUAAAGAUACCGAUUCAGAAUUAGAUAAAGUUAUUACCAAAUCUAUUUUUCUAGGACAAUUUGACAAGGCAGUUGAUUUAUGUUUGCAGGAGGAUCGACUUUCUGAUGCACUAAUUUUCUCUUUUUGCGGGGGGAAAGAAUGCCAGAGACGUGCACAAAGAGCAUACUUUAGAAAAUAUAAUGACAUUCCAUAUAUUAGGUUAUUAUCUUCCAUAAUUGAAGAAAAUUUAUGGGAUGUUGCAUUAAAUACAGAUUUGGAGGAUUGGAAGGAAGCACUUGUUAUUAUAUGUACAUUUUCAAAAUCUGAAAACUUUUCAGAAUUAUGUGAUGCACUAGGUGAUCGAAUAGAUACGAAAUUUCGCGCUAAAAAUACAGAUCUGGAGCUAAGAGAUCAGGCAGUUUUGUGCUAUCUUAUGGGAGCAAAACUUGGAAAAUUAAUUAAUAUUUGGGAUGAAGAAUUUCAAGAAAAAAAAAUAUCUAUAUUUAAACAUAUAGAAACAGACAAUAAUUUAAAUAUUUCACCUUGUUUCUUACAUGUGAAACUUCUUCAGGAUUUCAUUGAAAAAAUUGGCGUUUUUAGGCAAAUAAUAAACUCAGAUGACAUAGAAAAAUCAAUAAAUCCUAAUACCUUAUCUUUAUUAUAUAAAAAGUAUGAAGAUUAUGCAAAUAUAAUGACAUCUCAAGGAAAUUUCAUUAUCGCUCAAAAAUAUCUUAAUUUAUUACCAGACAGUUAUAAAGAUUCUAUAACAGCAAAAGAGCGUAUUAAUAAAAUCUUAAGCACUCAACAACACUCAAAUGCAAUUAAGAACUUAAAUGCUCCUCAGCAAUUUUUACAUACGUCAUUACCACAACGACCAAUGUCAAAUCCAUAUACAACACAUUUAUAUAAUUCUCAAACAUAUAAUUCUCAAACAUAUAAUUCAUAUACUCCAAAUAUGGAUAUGUUUAACCAGCAGGCCAAUUUACAUUCGACAAAUAAACAUCCUCAGUUACAACAAAAACAACCCUCAUAUACGACAUGUCCUACACCAACUGCAUAUGUUAAUGCUUCUUCGCAACAUAAAGAUAUUCCAUCAUGGAAUGAUGCGCCAAUUAUUAACGUACUUAAAAAGGCGGUUUCACCUUCAACUCAUGUAUCUACUCCAUUCAGUCAAAACAUAUCUCAAAACGAGCAAAAUGCUAUUAAUAAAAAACCUGAUCAAUUUCCUCCUCAAAAGCAAACAUUUAUUCCCCCACCUCCAAUGACUGGACAAAAAUAUCAGGGAUUCUCUGCUCAAUCUGUACAGAAUAAUACAUCAGGGCCAUAUAACUUGAAUCCUAAUACACAGGCAAACAACUCAUCCACAAAAAAUAAUCAAAAUCCUGCAGAAAUGCACUUAUCUGGAUUAAAUAUAUAUGGGAGUGGACCAUCUAAUCCUUACAUUCCAAUACCUAAUGUUUAUCCUAUAAUUACUGGCUAUUCAAAACCGCCUCAGAAGACAGAAAGUUUAGUAUCACCAAAUAUUGAACAUGAAUCCGCUACAAGACACAAUCCGUUGGCAGAAUCAUAUACAAGCCAGGCUAAAACUUUGUAUUCUCCUCAAGAACAAACAAUUUCUCCAGUACAAGUAUCAUCAAAUCCUCAAACACUAUCAAAUCCCCAGGUACUAUCAAAUCCUCAGGUGCUAUCAAAUCCUCAAGCGCCAUCGAAAAAUGACUCUGCAAAAAAUCUGAAAAGCAAUUCCACAUCAAAUCUUAUGAAAACUGCUGCUUCGCAAAAUUCAAAAUACCCUCCUGGAGAUCGAUCACAUAUACCUCCUCAACUUAAACCCAUUUUUGAAGGUCUUUCAUCUGAAAUGGAGCAAGUUAAGUUAUAUGCACCGCCAGCAUUUAAACGACAAGUACAAGAUACAGAAAGGCGAUUAAAUAUAUUUUUUGAUCUUCUUAAUAACGAUUAUGGCCUCUCUAAAGAAUUAUUGGAUGAUAUGAAAAUACUUGUUGAAGCCAUGCUAUCUAAAAACUAUCAAAUUGCUCUAAAUAUACACAUCAAUCUCAUUACAACUAAAACAGAAGAAUGUGCUCAUUGGAUGGUAGGUGUUAAGCGAUUACUUGAGAUGUCAAGAUCUAUACCUACAUAAUACUUUAAUUUUUAAACUGGCCAAGUCAUAGUUCUAGCUUCA